UGAAGUCACGUGUUCUGUAAAACCGCUGGACGCACAGUUGACCAACUGUGACUUCCGGUUUUGGGGUUCCAUAAGGAUGCGGGCCCUGCGCCCGGCGCCGGCGCGCGCCGCCGCCCCGCGCCGCCUGUGAUGGGCUGCGCGCCGCAGCCGCCGCCGCCUCCGCCGCCGCUGCCCCCGCUGUGAUGGGCCCGCUGCUGCUGCUCGCAGUCUGCGCGGCUGCGCUCGUCGCUGGCCAGCUGCCCCCCGAGGAGCCAGAGCCCGAGUUCUUGGCGCCGCUGGAGAACAUGACGGUGACGCAGGGCCGCCACGUGUCCUUCACGUGCGUCGUCAACCACCUGGGCUCCUACAAGGUGGCGUGGAUUAAGUCGGACUCCAAGGCGAUCCUGGCCAUCCACGACCACAUGGUGACGCACAACCCGCGGCUGGCCGUCACGCACAACGGGCACAACACGUGGAAGCUGCACGUGUCCAAUGUGCAGAAGAACGACUCCGGCACGUACAUGUGCCAAAUCAACACGGACCCUAUGAGAAGUCAGAUGGGCACGCUGGGCGUGCUGAUCCCGCCGGACAUCCUGGACGACGAGGCGUCGGACACGGACAACGCGGCGCCCGAGGGCGGGUCGGUGUUCUUGCGCUGCCAGGCGACGGGCGUGCCCGAGCCCGCGGUGCUGUGGCGGCGCGAGGACUCGCGCAACAUCGUCUUCCGGCACGACGGCGGCCGCGAGAAGCUCUUUCCUCUUUUGUCUUCGACUUAA